AUGAGGCUAUAUUGGCACCUAGCAAGUCACUAACCCCUAAACCCUCAACAUUGAGCAAGUUACGUUUGGAAGGCGAGAAAACAUAAUCCUGGAAAAUUAAACCCACCAAAUGACAGAAAAUUCGAAACAUAACCCAUCUUUUGAAUCUCCAAAUAGACCUUCAAAGAUCCCAAAAACUCAACAAAAUCCCAUUGAAAACAGCCAAGAAGAAGAAGAAUUAAGCUUUGCUGAUAAAUCAAUGAGCCCCAAUCCAAGACUUCAAAGAUACUUAAUUGCUGUUGAAUACAUUGGCACUAAAUUCUCUGGUUCACAAAACCAGCUUAAUGUCAGAACUGUUGUUGGAGUUCUUGAGGAGGCAUUUUGUAAAUUUAUUGGGCAGCCAGUAUCAAUCUCAUUGUCCAGCAGAACUGAUGCAGGAGUUCAUGCUUUAUCAAAUGUAUGCCAUGUUGAUGUCGAACGCAUAAGCAAGAGGAAGCCAGGUGAAGUGUUACCUCCUCAUGAACCAGCAGUCGUUAGAAGAGCUGUUAACCAUUUCUUACAGAAGAAUGAAGGCGACAUUACGUUGACUGAUGUUCGAUGUGUUCCUUCCGACUUUCAUGCAAGAUUUAAAGCUAAAGAGCGCACGUACUUCUACCGCUUGCUUUCUGGACCCGAGCCUUUGUCUACCUUUGAGAGAGAUCGAGCAUGGCAUGUACCUGAGGACCUAGAUAUUGUUGCUAUGCAGGAAGCAUGCAAAGUUCUUGUUGGGGAUCAUGAUUUCAGCUCAUUCAGGGCAUCUGGUUGUCAGGCGAAAUCGCCAAUCAGAACUUUGGAUGAGCUUUCUGUUUUUGAGGUGUCAGCAACUCCGUAUUUUCCAUCAAUCACAGAGAGGGAGCAAAACUGUGGAAAUGGGGAAGACUCGUGCUGCAACAAAUUUGAUAACCACCUGGCUAUGGAAUCUACUUCCAAUACUAAUAUGGUAAGCGGCUCCAAUGGUGUGAACAAUAUAGGAUUUGGAAUAAGGAGAAAACACCGUUGCUACGUUGUUACAGCACGUGCUCGCGCUUUUCUUUACCACCAGGUUCGACUGCUUGUUGGAGUUCUCAAAUGUGUCGGCACUGGGAAUCUAACAACUUCAGAUGUGAAAAGAAUACUAAAUGCCAAGUCUGUGACUGCUGCAAGCCCCAUGGCUCCUGCUUGUGGUCUCUACCUCGGACAUGUAAAGUAUGAUCUGUGAUAAGCGCCAGCAAAAUUGUGCGAGAGUACCUACUUCAACAAAGUCUCAAUAGCAGCAUUGAUAGAAUUUCUACGAGCAGAGCCCUGACGAGGAGCCAGUGAGUGAGGUCCGCUCCAAACAGAUGUACGACUGUCAGGGAAGAGAGUUUGGCAUAAACUGAGAAGCAUGGGAUUUUCUGGGAACUUAUCAAACAUUUUAGCCUUCUGCUGCCUUUCUCGUGAUUCCUGUGAAAUGAAAUCGCACAUUAUUUGCAGACGUUCUUUUAUGCUGGCUUCAAAUUUAUCUCUAAGAGAAAUAAAAUGCUUGGUUUUUGCA